CGACCUCGUGGCAGCCUCUCGUCGCAGGAUGCGGUCGUGGAAGUUGCUGUGGCUCUGCCUCUGUUCUGUGGCGCUCGGCCUUGACGUCGACGGCUGGUUCAACUGCAGCGCCAACACACUUGCAUCAACGAAUCCCCGGCGAAGCACGCGAAACCGUACCGUCGAGUGUGCCCUCGUCGUCCUUCCACUCUGCCAUGCCCAUGUCUGCGACGACCGAUCCAACCGAACGGUUCAGGUCUUCGUGAAGCGUUUGGUGGCGCGCUCGGACCUCGAAGAAGGAGCAUCGGUCCAAGACAUUUGGGUUCUCCAGGGCGGCCCCGGUGCAUCGUCGAUCGCAAUGGAGACCAUGAUGAUCGAUCUCUACGACGUCCUGGACGGUCAUGUCAACGUGUACACGAUGGACCAUCGGGGCACGGGGCGAAGCGCGCCACUGCAAUGCAUCGCGACCCAAGCCGCGACACCAGGCAGUCCUGGUGGCGACGUCAUCGAACUCGCUGAAAUGCCCGACUGUAUCCAAGACAUACUGUUCGAGAUCGACGGGCACACGAGUGCCUUCUCCGUCACAAGUGCUGCGCUCGACCUUGUGCUAAUGCUUCGCGCCUUCUCGGGGGAAAACCGUCCAGCCUUUGUGUACGGCGCCAGCUAUGGCACGCUUCUCGUCGAGCGCCUUAUGCAGCUGGGCCCUACUGGUAUCCACGGGUUCAUCUUGGAUGGCGUCGUUUCGCAGCGCGGCAGUGACGCGUUUCGACAUUCGUUUGCCAACUGGGACCAUGACGUGGCCAGUGUUGGCACUCGGUUUCUCGAUCGAUGCACGACCGAUCCCUUCUGCAAGGGCCAAGUGCAGGAGCACAAUAUCACGCAGCUUCUCCACGAUGUCUACACCCGACUCGACGCAGCAAGCACCAAUGUGUCCUUGGACAUGCCGCCGUCGCACCAUGUCCGGAGUGUCGUUUCCAAGAUGCUGCUCAACUGGGAACUCCGGCAGCUAUUGCCGGCGCUCAUCUAUCGCAUGUGGCGCGCCGACAGCACCGACAUUGCCGCGCUCGAGCAGUUCAAAGCGUCCAGUACUUCAUGGCAAAUGGCCGACGUCGCGGCACCGUCGGACGGCUUUUCCAUGAUGCUCUACUAUCUGAUUGUAUUCUCGGAGGAGUGGGUUUACCCAACACCAUCCGUGUCGACGCUGGACGCCGAGUACGCGCGCGGCCUUUUCGGCACCGGUGUCUCGGCUCUCGUCCCCUUCUACUGCCUCAUGACGCAGUACAACGACGACGCCUGUCGUACAGUGUCCCCGCAGUACGCUCUCAAACACCCGUUCGUGUACCGUCGUGACGCCUACUGGAAUGCGACGACAACGAUACCGGCGAAUGCAUCCGUGCUCUUGCUCACCGGCGAGUUUGACGCGCAGACCGAAGGCCGGUACGCCAACAUGGAGAUGCGCAACCUCGUCGGCAGCAAGAAGCGCAUGAUCACGUUCCCCGAUGCCACGCAUUGCGCCGCCUUUGCGACGCCCAUGCUGUCGGGUGACAUACAGUGCGGUGUGUACGUGCUGGCGUCCUACUUGCUCCACGACGGUGCGCUCGACGGGAUCGAUACUUCGUGCCAAGCGAGUAUGCGUCGCAUCUCGUUUCAUAUCUCGACCCAAGCGGCCCUCCAGUACUUUGGCACGCCCGACGCCUAUGGCUCCAGCAACGUGGCACCGACGCUGGUUGCAGUGCAGCAUCGCCCACUGCCGAUGCUCACUCGUCAUGCCAGCGCCGUCGAGUCGCUUGUUGUCGUUGUCUGUUGCGUAUGCACGGUGAUCGGCAUCUUCGUACUGCGACACAAGAAACGCGUCCGUGCGCCUGGAGCCGAUGCCCUCGAGCUCGUACGUGACGCGGCCAUGCUCCUAUAGCCUUUAACACAAAAAGAAUGGUGUCGGAAGCCUCGUUAACGUCGA